GUUUUUCUUUCGAGCUGGGCGAAUGCAAGCAUCUGAAAAGAUGCCUCGUUCAAUGACAAUUUAUACGUUUCCAUGAAAGAUGUUGCUAUAUUUCAGAUCACCGAGUGUUGGGGUUCAGACCUAUAUUGGAAAAUUGAAUCAUUCUCGAAGAGGAAAGAGUAGAAUGAAUGCUGGGGAAACGCUGGAGGAAAAGAGAGCUGCUGAUGGAAGUCUACUAACAAGAUCUAAUGCCAUUUCCAAAGAAAUGAUGAUGGAAGUUGGCCAGCAACCCCUCAAUCUGACAGUGAGCAAUUCUGUUGGAGGGAGGAAGGUCUCAGAAGAAAAAAGCUGGCAGUCUGUACCAAUCAAAAUGGAAAGAAUGGAUGAAGAGGCUGAAGGGAGCACUGUAAAUGAUGUGCAAGACUUUGAUAUUUACAGUGCCAUGGAAUGGAAAAAUGGAGUGGGGUCCUUACCUGGCAGUGACUUAAAGUUUCAAAUGAAUGAAUUUGGAGCCCUGGAGAUUAUCACCAAUGAAGAACAGGAUGCUGAACCCACUGCACAGAUUUCUGCUGAACCUACAGUCGGAAUGAGGAAUGCAUACAGUGUUGCUUCUAAUGCACAAGAAAUCGUUUCUGAAGAUGGUUGCACAAAUGAUUUGUCCCACACACAAGGCAUCUGCUGCUGUGAAAACUGUGGAGGAUAUGGGACGAUGGGCAAGUUCCAUAAAUGUGACCAUUUCUGUGGCACAAAUUAUAAGCAACUAUAUGAAAAUGAACAAUCCAUUAUGGACCAUGCACCAGUGAAACAAAAUGCUAGUGUAAUAUUGAAACGGACGAAAAAGCGAAAGAAGAAAGUGAGUGUUAACCCAACGGAGGAAUCUGAUGAAGAUUUUGAAGAUGACUACAUGGAGGAAGUACAAGAUGCUGAGAAAAUGAAGAUAAAAAUGCCUGCAGUGUUGACAGACCACAGUAGCUUCAAAAACAGUGGACUUUCUGACCCAGAUUCCAAGCUUUCUAAACAGGCUAUGCCACUCUCCGGAAAGAAAAAAUCCUGGUCAUGGGUGAAGUAUCUGGGAGAAGAAAAGGCAUUAGCUGCACCCCCAAAACUUUUUAAUGAGUUUCAGUUAGUUCCCCAGAAUAAAAAUGGAUUUAAAGUAGGCAUGAAAUUGGAAGGUAUCGACCCUCAACACUCCUCCAUGUUCUGUGUGCUAUCAGUUGCAGAGGUAUGUGGUGUUCGCUUGAGGCUCCACUUUGAUGGAUAUCCUGAAUGUUUUGAUUUCUGGAUUAACAAUGACUCACCUGAUAUCCAUCCCGUGGGAUGGUGUGAAAAGACCGGCCACAAAUUGCAACCUCCUAAAGGCUACAAGGAAGAGGAGUUUAACUGGGCAAGUUAUCUAAAAAUCUGCAAGGCCCAAUCAGCUCCAAAGAAUCUAUUUAAAAAUCAGAACACAACAAUUACUCCUUCAGGAUUUCGAAUAGGAAUGAAACUGGAGGCGGUUGACAGAAAGAAUCCCUCCCUGAUAUGUGUUGCAACAGUCACAGAUAUAAUAGACAAUCGUUUUUUGGUGCAUUUUGAUAACUGGGAUGACACAUAUGAUUACUGGUGUGAUGCUAGUAGCCCAUAUAUUCACCCAGUGGGCUGGUGUCAGGAACAUGGCAAACUACUUACUCCUCCUCAAGGCUACUUUGAUCCAGAAAAUUUUUCAUGGAGGAAAUACUUAGAGGAUCUGGGUGCUACUCCAGCUCCAGCCCGUGCUUUCAAAAUAAGACCACCACAUGGGUUCCAAGUGAAUAUGAAACUUGAAGCUGUGGACAAACGUAACCCAAUGUUGAUUCGUGUUGCCACAGUUGUAGAUACGGAUGAUCAAAGGAUCAAGAUUCAUUUUGAUGGAUGGAGUCAUAAUUAUGAUUACUGGCUUGAUGCAGAUCAUCCCGAUAUCCAUCCUGCUGGAUGGUGUGCCAAAACAAAUCACCCACUGCAGCCACCACUUAAUUCACAAGGCUUUGUUGCAGCUCCAGCUCCGGGAGGAUGUCCAACACCUGGAUGUAUAGGUGUUGGACACAUCAAAGGUGCCCGAUACACAGGUCAUCACAGUGCUUUUGGAUGCCCCUAUUCAGAGCUCAAUAUGAAGAAGGAGUCAAUAAUUCACGACAGAUUAGGAGGAGAGAAACAGAUCACGCUGGUGCCAAUUCCUUUUGUUCCAAGAACUAAACGUCUUGAUAGUAAUGGUUCGAGUGGGAAGCCUGAGGGAAGUGUUAAUGACACAAGAAAAUGCCCCACUCCUGGUUGUAAUGGGUCUGGUCACAUAACUGGAAAAUACACUGCACAUCACCGACUCUCGGGUUGCCCUCUAGCUGAACAAAACCAGUUCAAGGUCAAAAUAGAACCACAGGAUGAUGAUGGGCCCACUGAUAAUAAAUCAGUAUUAUCAUUUGUUCAACGCAAAAGGACAAAACAAAACAGGCUAACUCGACCAGCAAAAUAUUUGAAAAUCAAAGAGAAUGCAGAUGAUAUUGACCUACACAGUCUACUCAAAGAUCUUUCCUUUGACAGUAUGCAGCAAGCUCUCCACCAGUCUGUUUUCAUGUCAACCAUGUCUGCUCACCCAGUUCGUGAUCUCCCACUUUGCUGGGAGCAGCAUUGCAAACUACUGCCUAGUGUGGUGAACUUUCAAGCCAGCAAGGUGUCCAAGUGGAGUAUUGAGGAGGUCGCAAACUUUGUGCAGACUCUCCCUGGUUGUGAAGAACAAGCAAAGAUCUUCAAAGAAGAGCAGAUUGAUGGAGAAGCAUUCCUUUUGCUGACGCAGAUGGAUAUAAUUAAGAUCAUGAGCAUCAAAUUAGGCCCAGCCCUGAAGAUUUACAACUCCAUUUUAAUGUUUAAGAAUUCUGAAGAUGAUUUGGAAUAGAUAUUGAGGAUUAGAAAGGACAGUUGCUAAACAAUGGUAUUCUUUUUGCUAAUUAAUAAAAAUGAAUCUCUAGUUAUGAAUGGCACAUAAAACUGUA